AUGGCAUCAUACAGUGAAAAUAGUUCAACAGAUGAUGAUGAUGAUAUAAUUUUUUAUGAUGCUAAUAGUAGUUGGACUAAUAAUGAAGUAACAAUACCUCUUCCACAAGAUCCUCGUUGGGCAUUAUUAUCAAAAAAUGAUGCAAUAAAAAAAUCUGAACAUUUUUGUACAAUAUCAUUAACUGAAACUCAAUUAAAUGAUAUUGCACGACGUGAUAAACUUCAACGAUUACGUGCUCAAGAAGAUCAUGUCAAUCAAAAUAGUCAAAAUCAUAUAACUACAAUACUUCCAUCUCCAAUUGAGUCAAAUUCUAUAUUAUCAUCAAUAACGUUAUCACCUAGUCAAUCAAAUCAUAUCGAAGAACAACUAUCAAUUAAUGAAGAUAAAUCAUCUGCUCCUGAUCUUCUUAAAGAUCAUAUUGAUAAUGAACAUAUAUGUCGACAAAAAAUGCUUCCAGUAUUAUCUACACCAAAACAAAUUCUAAUAAAUUCCUUUUCUACAGCGUCAGUAUAUCAACAACAACGUUCAUUACCAUAUCCAACAUUACCAGUAACAACAUCAAAUCGUAACACCGAUGGAUAUUAUUCACGAAUAACAAAUUUAUCAGCUAUUAGUGAACCAAAUAUUGUUGAUUUAUCAUUAAAUAAUCAAAGAUUAAAUGAAAAUGACAUACUUCGACAAUCUAUAAUACAUAAUUUUGAUAAUGGUAAAUAUAUUCAAUUAAAUGAUACUAAUCCAAUGACACAAACAAUAUUGGAACGUGUUCAUGGUAGUAAUAGUAUGAUAACAUUACGUCAAAAUUCUAUAUUAAAUAAUAAUAAUAAUCUAAGACAAAAUUCAUCGGAUAGUAAUAAUAAUAAUAAUAAUAAUAAUAACAAUAAUAUAAAUGGUACAACUAAUUUAGAAACAAGUCUAACACGUCAACGACAUAAAUCAAUUGGCAAUAAUAAUGAUGAUGAUGACGAUGAAGAAGAUGAUAAUGAAUCUACAUCAUCAGCAUCUUCAAGUACAAAAUCAAGUCAUACAAUAGUUAUGUCAUUAUCAUCACCUACAAAUAAAACAUCAGCAGCUGCUAUACGAUUAGCAACAACAUUAUUUCAUGAUAGUAAACGACAAUUAACAAGAUUAGUUAGUCGAAGUUUUUUACGUCGAUCUAAUAAAAAACAUAUACAAGGACAUCAUGAUAUAAUUGAUAUUGAUGAUGAAGAAGAAGAUGGUGAAAAAUUAUUAAUAAAUGAUGGUUCAAAUGGUGAUCUUAAAUAUAAAAUAUCAAGAAAUUUUAAAGAACAAUCACAAUUUGAUAAAACACAAUUAUUACAAACAAUUGUUAAUGCACAUAAUGGACCUAUUUGGUGUAUGAAAUUUUCACCUGAUGGUCAUCUUCUUGCAACCGGUGGUCAAGAUAGUUUACUUAAAAUUUGGAUACUUAAAUCUGCACAACCUUAUUUUAAUGAUUUUUCACGUAUAACAACAAAUUCAUCUAAACAACAAAAUGAAAUAUUAAAAAAACGAUUUAAUGAAUUUCAUCAAACAAUAUCAUCAGAAUUAAUAACACCAACAAUAAAUACAAAACUUGGUCUUAAUGAAAUACAAGCUCCACUUUAUUCACGACCAUUUUGUGAACUUAUUGGUCAUCAAGCACCUGUACUUGAUGUUGCUUGGUCAAAAUCUUUAUUUAUUCUUUCAUCAUCUAUGGAUAAAACUGUACGAUUAUGGCAUUUAAGUCGACAUGAAUGUUUAUGUUUUUUUCGUCAUGUUGAUUUUGUCUCAGCUAUUGCAUUUCAUCCACGUGAUGAUCGAUAUUUUGUAUCAGCAAGUUUAGAUGGACAUGUUCGUCUUUGGAAUAUUCCCGAUAAACGUGUUGUUUAUUGGACAUCAAUUCCAACACAAGCAUCAUCAACAAUAACUGCUGCUGCUCCUCAAGGUAAUUUAAUAACAGCUGUUAAUUUUUGUGAUGAUGGUCGUAAAGUUAUUGUUGGUACAUUUGAUGGUCGAUUUUUACUCUAUACAGAUUCAUUACAAUAUGAUACUGUAAUGAAUAUUGGUGAUAAACAUGGUAAUCGAAGUCAUAGAUCAAGUAAAAAACGUCGUAAACCAUAUAAAAUAACAGGAAUUGAAUCAAUGAAUUCAAAUAGUUCAAAAGUUUUAAUUACAUCUAAUGAUUCUCGAAUACGUUUAUAUGAUAUUCGAACAAAAGAAAUUGAACGUAAAUAUCGUGGUUAUUCAAAUCAAUCAAGUCAAAUUCGUGCAUCAUUUAGUCAUGAUGAUCAAUAUAUAAUUAGUGGAAGUGAAGAUAGUUGGUUUUAUAUAUGGAAAACUGAACCAAGUACUAUGUUAAAUACAAAUGGUACGACUACAACAAAUCCUAAAUUAACACGAAAACAACGACGUCAUUAUGAUCGUGUUUUUGAACGUAUUCGAGUUCAUAAUACAAUGGUAACAUCUGCAAUAUUUGCACCAAAUCCGACGACAAUUAUGGAUUAUCUUUAUUCAUCAAAUAUACCAUUAUCAAAUGAUAAUUUGUCUUUAACUAAUCGUUCUAAUAAUCCUGUUAAUAUGUCUCGUUCUUUGUCAACAACAAUAUCUACAACAACAACAUCAAUUGUUAAUAAUAAUCGAACACGUUUUAUUUGUGUACAUGCAACACCAAGUCCAAUUGAAGCUCAAUCUUCAACAAAUAAAGAUGGAUCUAUUUAUGUUAUGGUUACAGCCGAUUCAAAAGGACAACUUAAAUUAUUAGUCAAUCGAUUUCAUCGUUAA